GAAUAAUUGUAACCGGCUGGCUUCGAACCGGUGACACUGUGUUGUAGACAGUGAUAUAGUCAACGGUUCGCCCGUUUAGCCAGGUGAGCUAAAUGGUCAGAAGUACGCUCCUGUCAUAAAACUGCUGUUACACAUGACCUGACGUCAUCAGGAGGCGACUCUCGCACCUUAGAGAACCACAACAUUCAUGGGUAGAGUAGAAGAUCCUGCAGACAGCGUGAAUUAAAGUCCGAGCUUUUCCUUUCCUCUCACGUUAUCGGCGCGCGUGGACUGAUCCGACGGACCUGACGGACCGAUGAUGGCGGACUGCGUCGGCUUCCAGGCGCAGAUCGCCUCCAUCAUAGAGAUACUGGCCAAUUCCGCCGUGGCGGAGAUAUGCAAGCUGGUGGACGACGGCUACGCAGCGCUGCGCUCCCAGAUGGAGCAGGAGCGGGAGAAGAGCGAGAAGGAGAACGACGCCUUGCGACAGAAGCUGCGGGACAUGGACGUGAAGAUGCGGAGCUACGAGAGGAGGAUGAUGAGGAGACGAAGCCAGCGGGAUCAUUUCGGACCCGCCGGAGGAUCUGACAACCGUCAGCCUCUGGUGUCGCCUCUUCCCGCCACCUCCGAAGACAAACCCUUCCAUCACGCUUCAAAGGUUCAGCAGGAGGACGUCAGGGUGUUGACGCGAGUGAAGCAGGAAAACGAAGAGAGAAACGACUGCAACCUGGACCUCAAGGUGGAGGUGAACAUCCGGGCAGAGUGUGGCCUCUCCACUGCCUUGGAGCCCAGCCAGGAGAGCCCCCCCCCUGAUGUGGUCCUGGACGCCAGUGGCGCCAACUUUGCGUCCUCCACCCAGCCUUCCUUCUCCCCCACCGACACAACCAUGGACCUCACCUGCAGGCCUCGGGCCAAACGCAAGACGGCCAAGCCUCUGGACAACAGUCUGACGGUCGGCGGUGGGGGGGUCCCCGUCCCCGAGGCCGUUCGCAGGGACCUUCCAGGGACGAUAACGGACGGCGCCCUGAAGCCAGAGAUCCAGACGGACGACGGUGAGGACGAGCUCCACCCAUCUCAGCUGUCUGCUCCGUUGGCGUCGGACGAGCCCAGCCCCGACCGCCUCAGCAGCCUGGGCCUGGAUCUGGCGUGGAUGCAGGAGCGCGUCAGCCAUCUUGGUGCGGCGUACGCCGUAGCGCAGCUCGGUUUGGGGAACACAGAACACUCUUCCGCCUCCUUCCCCUCGCAAGGCGGAGGCGACAGUCUCGACGGCCCCCCGACCAUGCUCUUCACCAGUGGCGCUCACGAAAUGGCAGCCUUCGCCGCCUCCUUCGACAUAGCGGCCGCUGCUGCCGCUGUUGUAGCUGCGCCUCCUCCGCCGCCACCACCUCCUCCUCCUCCUCCUCCACCUCCUCCUCCCCCCGCCACGGCUCCUUCCGCCACCUCGACCAGCCAGCGGCGGCCUUACAGGGCCGGCGUCGCCGCCCCUAAAGAAGCCGUGGUGUGCGCCGUGUGCGGGCGCGUCUUCCCGAGCGCCGCCGCCCUGGAGCUGCACCAGAGAGUUCACACGGGAGAGAGACCCUACACCUGUCCCCACUGUGGGAAGGGCUUUGCGCAGCCCAACAACCUGCGGGUGCACCUCCUCAUCCACACGGGGGAGAGACGCUACCGGUGUUCGCUCUGCGGGAAGAGUUUCAUCUCGUCGAGUCACCUGAAGAGGCAUCGCACAGUCCACACACAGGAGAAACCCUACAGCUGCUCACGCUGCGGACAGUCCUUCAGCCAAAUGUGUAGCGUCCGGAGACACCGGCAGCAGUCUCAGUGUGGCCUGUAGGCAAGACCGCUGUUCAACCUCGGCCAGAGCUGAUCUGGACUCUGAAUGGCCACUUAUCCAACACGUUUUAUAUUUGAAAUUCACGCUAGCUUCGAGACAAGUAGAGAAAACUGUAUCCUGUGAAGAAUUCCCGUUUGUCCUAGAGAUCAUAGAUGUCACCUGUGAGUUCUGUUGUAAGAUGGGUCUUUGUAGCAGACCUGGUUUACAUGGAGCUGUGGCCGAACCUGAGGAAACCUCUCGCUAUUAUUACAAUGCACCUGUGCUGUCCAGGUGCCCAGUAUCCGGAAAUUGAAGAAAGAAAGUAACUCUUAUCUGAUGUUACUUCUAAAAGCAGAUUUUUAAUUCCGCGACCAUCCAGUUUUAAGUGUUUGUUUACGACCCAAGAUUUAGAUUUUUCUUACCGAAUUCACAGCUUCAUUUAGCUUCAUGGAGCUUUAAGGUGAGUUUUACUGUGUUGGUUGUCACUACUCUCAAAGACCUCAAAGUCUGAGUGAUCCAGUCUCACCUGUCCAUCUUUAAGUCCCUGUGUUCACAUCUGGUCUUAAUGUGUCUCCACAUGUGGUGGUCAGUGGAAUAUUGCCUCUAACGGAUCUCUACCUACCGCUGGACCAGGACCAGGGUGGUUGACUUGGGGACAUGAUCCAGAUUUAGGAACAAGAUGAAAAGUCUCGCUAAGUUCUAAUUUAUUUCAGAGACAAAGACUCAGACUAGACCUGAACCCUGGAAGGUUAUUACAUCUUCAGAGGAACUAGAUCAGAAAUAAAUGACUAAUUUCCUGAGUUGAUUCUAGUUCAGAUUAGUUUCUAGUUCAGUUUGAUUCUCAGCUCCAGGUCCAGAAUCUUUUAAAAGUCUCAUCACUUAUGAACAGACGUCUCUUAUUCAGGAUGAAUGAAUGAGUUAAACUCCUCUUCUGGUCAGUAGCUGGUCUUUAAUCUUUAAUGGGACCAGGACUCAUUGUGUUCACACUAACCAAAGGAAUGAGACCAGAUCAGGGUUCACACCUGGACUUUAAGGCGGAAACUUGAGCUCAGAUCACUCUGGACGAAUGGUCUGAAAGAGGCUUUAGUGUCUUUGUUUGAGCCACAGCAGGAAGCUGUUUCCUGCUAUAAAUAAAUCAAUAUUAAGAAGAAGUGAAGGAGAAGUAGAUUUUAUCUACAAUGAACUGAGUGUAGCUGUGGUUGCACUGAUCGUAACUGGGUUCGGCUUUUACUUACUUUCUUUUGUGCCUUUUGAAAAAAUACCCAUCUAUGUGUCAUAAUAAGAAAAUGGUAAAAAAAAAAAAAAAAAAUUGAAAAGUGUAAUUCUGGCCUCAACACAUUUAUUUUUUUUUAUUUAUUUUUAAUUUUUUUUACCAUAGAUUGUCCGCUACGAGAACCACUCUUUGACCGUGUGCACAGAAAAGCUGGAAUAAAAUCUUCUUUUCUUACUGUGAAUAGGAUGACACGUAUAAUCUGCAAACAGAUAAUCUUUUUAAGCACUUUAAAUACUCCAGUAAUCAAGUGUCAUGAUGAGUGGCCUUCUCAGAGACGCGUUGAUUGGUAAAUGUUGGUUUGCACCUUUUCAUGCUUGUUCAGUUGAAGCACGCCUGCAAUGUCUUAAUCCCUCCUCCUCAACAUUUUACAAAUCUGAGUGUAAUGUUCUUGUAAUAUCAUUCAUUCAUUGUUCUCAAUUAAAUAUCAAAGAACUGUGAACAGAUGUAAAGUAUAUAUAUUACAGAGUCAUGUUUGCGUGUGUUUGGAUGUAGUUGGAUCUAUGUGUAGGCUGCACAGCCAAAACAGAUAUUUUGCUUAUUUGCAUUCUCUCGUUACAUGUUCCAGUGUUUAAAUAUGUGUAAAUGUUUGGGUGUCAUUAAAUAUGUAAAGGUUUGCAAUUUA